GGUUACUUCCAGCCUAAGAUGGCCUGGGCUUACUGUCCUGUUCCCAGGGCUGGGAGCCUUUUGCAGAGGUAGGGCAGCCUGCAUGCCUCCGCUGAAGCUUCCUAAACGCGGCCUGGAAUUCUGGAAGCUCUCGGCAGCAGAUGUGAGCGGUGUGUGGGCGAUGGUCUUUGCCCAGCGAGGGGAUGGGGCUCAAAUGCAGGGUCCGUUAAUGGUGACCGCGGUGUCCGGGGCAGUUAAAGACAACCCAGGCUCCGGACUACAUUUCCCAGAGUGCACCGUUCCCCGGGCAACUUCCUGUCAGCACUCUGUCCCUUUAGGGUUAAUACGGAGAGCGCGGAACCUUCCACCAUCAAGGGACCGCAGGGCCGGCUCUGCUUUCCCAGCACGCUGCCUCACCAAGAAAGAAUCCAGAGAAGGACUGGUGGACUUGGAAUGUUAAGUUAUGGCCCAUUUGAUGAUGUUCAGGGAUGUGGCUGUGGAUUUCUCUCAGGAGGAGUGGGAGUGCCUGGACCUGGAACAGAGGGAUUUAUAUAGAGAUGUGAUGUUGGAGAACUACAGCAACAUGGUCUCACUGGGUCUUUGCAUUUAUCAGCCAGAAGCGUUCUCUUUAUUGGAGAAAGGGAAAGAGCCCUGGAAGAUUUUGAGGGAUGAGACAAGAGGACCUUGCCCAGACAUGCAGUCGAGGUGUCAGACCAAGAAGUUAUUACCAAAAAAUGGCAUUUUUGAGAGAGAAAUAGCCCAAUUGGAAAUAAUGAGAAUUUGUAAAAACCACAGCCUUGAAUGUUUAUGUUUUAGAGGUGAUUGGGAAGGCAACACUCAGUUUCAAACACUUCAAGAUAAUCAAGAGGAAUGCUUCAAGCAGGUGAUACGCACCUGUGAAAAAAGGCCCACUUUUAACCAGCAUACAGUGUUUAAUCUACACCAGAGACUUAAUACAGGAGACAAACUGAAUGAAUUUAAAGAACUGGGGAAAGCCUUUAUUUCUGGUUCAGAUCAUACUCAACAUCGGUUAAUUCACACAAGUGAGAAAUUCUGUGGAGAUAAAGAAUGUGGGAAUACCUUUCUUCCUGAUUCAGAAGUUAUUCAAUAUCAGACAGUUCACACUGUUAAGAAAACAUAUGAAUGUAAAGAAUGUGGGAAGUCUUUUAGUUUACGUUCGAGUCUUACUGGUCAUAAGAGAAUUCAUACUGGUGAGAAACCUUUUAAAUGUAAAGAUUGUGGGAAAGCCUUUAGAUUUCAUUCACAACUUAGUGUCCAUAAACGAAUUCAUACUGGUGAGAAAUCUUAUGAAUGUAAGGAAUGUGGGAAGGCCUUUAGUUGUGGCUCAGAUCUUACUCGACAUCAGAGAAUUCAUACUGGUGAAAAACCCUAUGAAUGUAAUGAAUGUAGAAAGGCCUUUAGUCAGCGAUCGCAUCUUAUUAAACAUCAGAGAAUUCACACUGGUGAAAAACCUUAUGAAUGUAAGGAGUGUGGGAAAGCUUUUACUCGUGGAUCACACCUAACUCAGCAUCAGAGAAUUCAUACUGGUGAGAAAUCUCAUGAGUGUAAGGAAUGUGGAAAAGCCUUUAUUCGUGGUUCAAAUCUUGCUCAACAUCAGAAUGUUCAUGUUGGUAGGAAACCUUAUAAAUGUGAGAAAUGUGGGAAAGCCUAUAUUUGGAGCUCACACCUUGCUCGACAUCAGCGAAUUCAUACUGGCAGGAAACCUUAUGAAUGUAAGCAAUGCGGGAAGACUUUUACUUGGGCUUCGUAUCUUGCUCAACAUGAGAAAAUUCACAAUGAGAGGAAAUCCUAUGAAUGUAAGGAAUGUGGAAAGACCUUUCUUCAUGGCUCAGAGUUUAAUCGACAUCAGAAAAUUCAUACUGGUGAGAGAAACUAUGAAUGUAAGGAAUGUGGAAAGACCUUUUUUCGUGGUUCAGAACUUAAUCGACAUCAGAAAAUUCAUACUGGAAAGAGGCCAUAUGAAUGUGAAGAAUGUGGAAAAGCCUUUCUCUGGGGUUCACAACUUACUCGACAUCAGAGAAUGCAUACUGUUUUUCCAGAUUACUGCUGGGAGGAGUAACUCAGGCAGAGCCUGGUGGUCUCCUAGUGUUGAGAUAGAAUGAGGAGUCUGAUGAGGCCAAAGUGGCCCGAGUUGACAAGGCAAAACACUGAAGAGGAGAGAACUGCACGGAAAUCUCCAGAGGAUCUUCCUUUAAGUUCAGCUAAAUAUUCAUCAACACGUGCGUGUGUGAAAACUACCUGAAGCCAGGGAAAAACAAUUACCUUAAAGGAUUAGAGGGAAGAAUCCACAGAGCUCAAAAACGUCCAGGAAUAAUUCCUUUUCCCAACAGCCAAAGUGGAAAAUAAAAAAUUACUAGGCAUCAGCUGGGUGCGGUGGCUCGAGCCUGUAAUUCCAGCACUUCGGGGGGCUGAGGCGGGUGCAUCACCUGAGGUCAGGAGUUCGAGACCAGCCUGGUCAACAUGGUGAAACCCCGUCUCUACUAAAAAUACUAAAAAAAAAAAAACCGCCAGGUCUGUAAUCCCAGCUACUCAGGAGGCUGAGGCAGAAGAAUCACUUGAACCCGGGAGACAGAGGUUGCAGUGAGCUGAGAUCGCACCACUGCACUCCAGCCUGGGCAACAGAGCGAGACUCCAUCUCAAAACAAUAAAUAAAAAUUAAAAAAUAAAAUAAAAUAAAAAAUUUACUAGGCAUCCAGCAUUCAUUAAGGAGAAUAAUUCAGUUAAGGAGGAGAAGAAUUCUGGGAUUCUGGGAAUUUCCUUAACCAAUAAAGAGUAUGUGUGAGAAACCUACUGCUAACAUCAUACUUAAUGGUAAAAGUCCAAAGAUCAGCAAACAGAGGAUACCUGGUCUAAACACUUCUACUAAGCAUUAUACUGGAAGUUCUAGCUAGUGCGAUAAAUGAAAGAAUACGAAGUAUCCAGAUUGGGAAGGAAGUAAAAUCAUCUUUAUUAACAGAUUAUAGGAUUGUCUAUAUAAAAAAAAUCUGAAGGUAUCUACAACACUAUUAGAACUAAAUGAGCUUAGUGAGACUGCAAAAUAAAGAUCAAUAUAUAUAAAGCAGAUGAUUUUGCAUGAACUAGCCAUGAACAAUCUGAACCUUAAAACCUCAAAUGCCAUUUAUAACACCAUAAACAAUAUGAAAUACAUAGUGAUGCAUCUGGCAAAAGAUGCAAGAUGUAUAGUAUAAAAAUUAAAAACACUUCUGGGAGAACUUUAAAAAAGACCUAAAUAGAGAUAUACUAUGUUCAGAGACUACAAGACUCAAUACCAUUAAUAUGUCAAUUCUUUCCAACCUGACCUAUAGAUUCAGUGAAAUCCCAUUUUGAAUAUUCGGGAGGCUUUUUGUUUUGUAGAAAUUGGGAACUCAAUUCUAAAAUACAUACGGACAUGCAAAGGACCUACAUUAGCGAAAACAACUUUUAAAAAUAAUUCUGAAAGUUGGAAAAUAGGCUGGGCGCGAUGGCUCAUGCCUGUAAUCCCAGCACUUUGGUAGGCUGCGGUGGGCAGAUCACCUGAGGUCAGGAGUUCAAGACCAGCCAACAUGGCAAAACCCAUCUCUACUAAAAAAUACAAAAAUAGCCAGGUGUGGUGGCAGGCACCUGAAAUUCCAGCUACUUGGGAAGCUGAGGCAGGGAGAAUUGCUUGAACCUGGGAGUCGGAGGUUGAAGUGAGCCGAGAUCACGCCAUUGCACUCUAGUCUGGAUGACAGAGGGAGACUCCGACUCAAAAAAAAAAAAAAAAAGUUGGAGAACAUAUGUUACCUGAAUUUCAGACUUAUCAUAAAGCUACAGUAAUCAAGACUGUGUGGUAUUCAUGGAAUAAAAUAGAGAGUUGAGAAAUACACAUACAUGGACAACUGAUUUGUGACAGUGGUGCAAAGGAAAUUUAUUAAAGAAGAGGUAAUCUUUUU